UCAUCCCUCAGCGGUGGUGGGUGGAACCGAACGGAGAGAGAGAGAGAGACGUUCGGCUCACAACUGUGUUGUUCUAGAGCCGAGCAGGGUACGCUGUGUUUACUAUGAGUUGUGGUGCGUUGCUGCGAAUAGGACGGGCUGUAAGAGCCACCCCAGUCGCUGGACAGAGAGGAUGGCAGGCGUUUGGUCUUCUUGCCCGCCCUCUGUCUCAGGGGCAGAGAUGGAGAGCUUACUCCACAGCGGAUGCAAAGGAGAGCAAUCAAUCUUUUGUGAUGAAUACAUUCCUCGGAAAAAUGGAAACUGCGGAACUAUUUCCAUUCCCAGAAGUGAUGACUGAAGACGAAAAACAGAAUCUGAGCAUGUUCAUCGAUCCGGUCACAAAAUUUUUCGAGGCAAUGAAUGACGCAGCUCGCAACGACCGCGAAGAGGGUAUGCCGGCAGAGAUUUUCGAGCAGCUGAAAGAGAUGGGGGCGUUUGGACUGCAAGUCCCUACAGAGCUGGGCGGGGUUGGCCUCACUAACACCCAGUACGCGAGGAUGGUCGAGAUUGUCGGAGGUUAUGAUCUGGGGAUCGGGAUAGCGCUCGGAGCUCACCAGUCCAUUGGGUUCAAAGGAAUACUGCUGUAUGGGACAGAGGAGCAUAAACGAAAAUAUCUUCCCAGACUGUCGUCUGGGGAACUAGUGGCUGCCUACUGUCUCACUGAGCCGUCCAGUGGGUCCGAUGCCAGUUCCAUCAGAACAAGAGCGGUAAAGAGUGAAGAUGGCAAGCACUACAUUCUCAAUGGAGGCAAAAUCUGGAUCAGCAAUGGAGGUAUUGCAGAGAUCUUCACCGUCUUUGCCCAGACGCCAGUCACUGACCCCAAGACGGGGGAGACGAAGGACAAGAUAUCGGCUUUCGUCGUGGAGAGAGGGUUUGGUGGGGUCACCAGGUUAGCCAGUCGCAACCUCUCACCUGCACUCUGCUGUCAUGAGUGACUGUGGAAAUAGGGUGGCCUUAGCAAGCAAGUGGUGGGAAGGGUAGGAAGUUUUGGUACUUUUAGAAAGAAGGUGGGGAGAAGGACAGACCAACCUACCAUCUUGAAUACCUUGACUAUUGCUGGAGUGUGCAGUGUAUAAGAGUAGGGUGGCCUAAACCUUUUGUACUUUUAGAAAGAAGGUGGGGAGAAGGACAGACCAACCAACCAUCUUGAAUAGCUUGACUAUAGCUUGGGUGUGCAGUGCAUAAGAGCAGGGUGGCCUAAACUUUCAUUAGUUUUAGAAAGACCAACCAACCAUCCGGAAUACCCUGGAAUAGUUUAUAUUUGUUCUGCAGUGGGCCGCCAGAGAAAAAGAUGGGAAUUAAGGCUUCAAAUACAGCAGAGGUUCACUUUGAGGAUGUAAAGGUGCCAGUGGAAAACUUACUUGGAGAGGAAGGGAAAGGUUUCUAUGUGGCCAUGAACAUUCUGAACAACGGACGGUUUGGAAUGGCCGGUGCCCUCUCCGGCACGAUGAAGUCUCUCAUCAGAAGGACGGCGGAGCACGUGUCGACGAGGGUGCAGUUUGGCAACAAGCUGGAGACGUAUGGAGUGGUGCAGGAGAAGAUAGCACACAUGGCUCUUCGUCAGUAUGUCACUGAGUCCAUUGCGUACCUCCUGAGUGGUAACAUGGACAGAGGCUCUGUUGAGUACCAGCUGGAGGCAGCCAUCAGUAAAAUAUACGCCUCGGAGAGUGCCUGGUGGGUGGCCGACGAGUGCAUCCAACUCCAUGGAGGAAUGGGGUUCAUGACUGAGUGUGGACUGGAGCGAGUAAUGCGAGACCUCAGAAUCUUCCGGAUCUUUGAAGGCAGCAACGAUAUCCUGAGACUGUUUAUCUCACUCACUGGACUACAGUAUGCUGGUAAGCAACUUCGGGAGGUGGAGAAGAGCGUGAAGGGGAUGGAUUUUGGCGUGAUUAUGUCCGAAGGACUAAAAAGAACCCGCAGGUUGGUGGGUAGCAGCAGUGCCCCAUCUGUAGCUGAACAUUCACACAAGGACCUGUCUGUUCAAGCUGAGCAGCUGAGCCAGCUGGUUGGUGAUUUUGGCACGACCUGCGAGAAACUGCUCCUGACACACCGCAAGAAUAUCAUCCACGAACAGUUUCUGCUACAAAGACUAGCCAAUGCUGCAAUCGACAUAUAUGGAGUGGCUGCUGUUAUUUCAAGGGCUUCCAAGUCUUUGAGUGAGGACGUACCUACCGGAGGUUACGAGCGGUUGCUAACGGCAACCUUCUGUCAACAGGCCUUCGAUCGCACAAACCACACCCUCCAAUCAAUCACCUCGUCAAAAGAGGUGAAAUUGGACGCUGCGAUGUCCGACAUUGCAAAGAAAGUUGUAGAACACGGAGAAGUUGUGCCUGUCCACCCUCUCGGAUUGUAAACACUGUACCGUAUUUCUUUUGGCGUUUUUGUUGUUUAUGAAAGUUUUCAGUGCUGAAUGUAAUCGUAUUGUUUACUGAUAAGCAUAUCUGUGGCA